AAACCCUGCGAGGACAAGGAGGAGUGCAUGAGAAGAAAAAGAUCCUUACACCUACACACUUUCGUUUUCACAUACGUUUCGUUAUGAUUCCCUCUGGUAGGCCUAUAUAGGCCCACAUCUCUAUGUGUGUGUAUGUGUGAUUGUCUGUGUGGGUGGCUGUACUUCUUGUCGUCUAUGUGAUUAAUAUGUAGUGUUGCUGUACCGUAGGCCACGUGCUGAUUUCUAUAGGGACUAAUUGAAGUGGAAUCUAAAUCAUUUCAUUUGAAUAACAGUUUUCUGGGCUAUGAAAAUGGGCUGUCCAGGAAUAACCCUUUUUCUCCUUAUAUUGCUUCAGUCUUGUGUUACAGUAGUAGUCUAUAAGGACAGUUUGUGUGUUGGGUUUUGUGAUCAAUGUUAAAAUAAAAAUUGUGGCUCUGCCUUUUUAAAUAUUUUUUACUGUCGCAUUCGCAACAUAGCUUGUUUCUAUAUUACUUUUGAGUUAAGACAAUGUUACACUGACUCGUAAUCGAGUGAUGUGUGCUGUGUUGUCACCUCACUUCAUACCUUAGUUGGAAAUUAUUUAGCCUACUUAACUUUCUCUGCACCUCAGGAAGAGGGGGAAACCGAAAGUAUGAAGUAAGUUCAGCUUUCGCUUUCGCUACUUAGAUCGCACUUUAUUUUAAGUGAGUUGUACUGCAUUAAAGUUUGCGAGGAGGUCUGUUUGUCUACAACUUCUUGGAGUGUAAUAAUGAUAAAUUAGGCAAAUAUAUAUUUGGACUAAAUCGCUUUAGAAGCUGGAGCAGAUUUUGAAUUAUUGAUAUUUUUAGUGCGGGUUGAACGUGAUUAAAGCGCUGCUGCUGUGCACAUGUUUCUCUUGACGUUUGAAAGUGCGUUUCUCUUCAGUAAGACAAACUGGUGCGAUGAACAUGGAAACAGGAGCAAAGAUGCACAUGAAAGAGUGGCUGAUUACUCAGAUAGAGAGUGGGAAAUAUGAAGGACUGUGCUGGGAAGAUGAGAACAAAACUAUGUUCAGGAUUCCGUGGAAGCACGCAGCCAAGAAGGACUACAGGCAGACGUCGGAUGCAGCUCUCUUCAAGGCUUGGGCUGUGUACAAAGGAAAGUACAAAGAGGGGAAGGAUAAAGCCGACCCCACCAUGUGGAAGACUCGUCUUCGAUGUGCAUUAAACAAGAGCGCUGACUUCCAGGAGGUCCCUGAACGCAACCAGUUGGAUAUCACUGAACCCUAUAAAGUUUACCUUAUUGUGCAUGACAGUGAGCAAGCCAAGCCAGCAGAAUCUCAGCAGACAAAGGAUCAAAUCAUCAUCCCAGUGAAGAAGUCACCAACAAUCGCUGGUUUUCAGGAAAAACAGCUUCAUUAUCAGAAGGAUUCAUUUCAAGAAAGUAAAGAAGAAGCAAAACCACUGACUGGUGAUCUAUUGAAGGAGCACUUGUAUUGUGAUCUUACAGGACAUAAACCUCAAAAUCAAGACUCUGCUCCAAUAGCCUUCAUUAACCCUUCUUUGACUAUAACAGACUUUCGUUUGCAAGUGAUGCUGUUGUACCAAGGCCUGAGGGUGAUGAAAGUGACCACCACGAGCCUAGAUGGGUGCUUCAUCCUGCAGGGCCAUGUCCCUGUGGGUAAUGAGCGGAUCUACGGGCCCUGCACUGCCCAACAGCUUUCCUUCCCCUCCCCAACUUCUGUAGCUCUGCCCCUGGCCAUGGUGGAAGCAAUGAACCGCCUCCUUUGUCACCUGGAGAGGGGUGUGCUUUUAUGGGUGGCCCCAGAUGGGGUCUUCAUUAAGCGGUUCUGCCAGGGCAGGGUGUACUGGAGUGGUCCCACGGCCCAGCACACUGACAGGCCAAACAAACUGGAGCGAGAAAAGACCUUCAAACUGCUUGAUAUGGCCACAUUUCUCAAUGAGCUCCAGAGCUGUUUACAGGGUAAGGGUCCUGCACCCUCAUAUGAGAUCGAGCUCUGCUUUGGAGAGGAGUAUCCAGACCCAAAUGUUCCUAAAAAGAGGAAACUGAUCAUGGCACAGGUGGUGCCCUUGUUUGCUCUGGACUUGCUGCAGAAGUUCCACUUGAGGAAUUGAGGAGAAGGGGCAGCACUAACACAGACGGAACAAAGAUGUAAAAAGGCAUAGAGGGCUUCCGUGCACCAGGGCAACCACGAACAACUUAAAAAGGGAUUGUGGAUUCCGUAUUUCAUCUGUCAUCCGUUUGACAAGACAUUCUACAAGCAGAGCCAAAGAAACAGAGAACUGUCAGUGGAAAAAUGUAAAUAAAUGAUGCAGAAAGAAUGUAAAUGCUCCAUUGUAGACUGUUUUGCAGUGCUUGUGCAAGAGUUUUAUCCUUUAAGUUAAUCUAUUAUUUGAUGAUUUUUAACUGUCCUCCUGUAGCUAGACCGACAAAGUGCUGGAACAGCAAGCAUUUGUUUGAACCAUUAAAACAGGUUGAUAACAUGCUUAAAAUGUGAAAUAAUUUCCUCCAUUAUGUGUUAAUCUACAGUCAGCACGCAUGUCGAAUUAUCAUAGAAGUUUGAAGUAACCUGAAAACGCAAGAAGCGAAUAAAUUGACAGCUGAAAUGAAA